AUGCAGGUCCUCAUCACUCCGUCCUUGGCACUUCUGGCUGUGCUUGCCAGCACAGGCAUCGCGCAAGCCGACCUGAUCCGACGCGGCAGACCAACUGAACGAGGCACUGUCACCACGGACGAUAUCAAGUUGGCAGCCGAACAUGUCGCUGCGCGUUACGCUUCCUGGACAGAAGGCAAGAAGCAGAAAGCCUCGCACUCCAAAUCGGCCCUGAUCUACGGGCAGUUGAAGCUUGCCACGACCGCUUCAGCCGACCAAGACCUGACUCUCAAAGCAUCCAAACAAAGAGGCACUAUCGUGAAGCUUCACAAGGUCGGAGGAUAUCCCAAGAUGCUUGGCGAGACGUACAAUAUUGAAGUGGGAUUGGGUUCUACCGAGCAAAUGUUCAGCCUCACUGCUGAUACGGGCUCGAUGCUGACCUGGGCAGUCGAUGCUUCGUGCAAAAAAGCUGAUUGUCCAGGACUCCAGACGAAGAAGCUGUACGAUGCAAGCAAGUCCAAGACGAGCAAAGCGCUUCGCAGCGCUCAUGAGGCGUAUGGCGACGGCGAGAUGGAUCUCCAGCUCUACACUGACGUCGUCACCUUGGACAAGCUCACAAUGAAAGCGACCAUCGGAGGAGCCAUCAAGACUUUUGAAAAGGAUGCCAAGUUGGAGCACGAUGGCCUCUUUGGUCUCGGUCGAAAGCUCGAUGCGGACCCAGAACCUGUGUUGGAUAGCCUCGCAAAGCAGGACAAGCACUUUAAUGAGAUUGUCGCACUCGACCUCUCGGCACAACCCACGAUCGAGAUAGGUGGAUACGACUUUGCCAAGUACCCGAAACUUGCCAACUUCAAAGUGACAGCCGAUCAAGGCUGGCUUUUGGAAGAGAGCACGAUUACUGCUUUGGGAGCUACUCCUUCGGAUCCGAUUGAUUUGUUGCUGGAUUCUGGCUCAUCCGUCUCGAUGCUACCCGCUUCACGCAUGGAAGCGAUCAUGGCUCGACCUGGCCUACGCGUGCACAAGACAGCAGCGGAACCGAUCGUAUACUCUAUGCCAUGCGAUAGCAAGCUCAACGUACAACUCGUUCUGCCGGAUGGCAUCAAGGUGAAUAUUAAGGACCAAGAUAUCUUGAUGAAAAGCAACGAUCCCAAGACGCCCGGUUGCUUGAGCUUGUUGGUGGGCACGACGAAUCCAUUCUUGCCCGCGGUUGCGGGUACGCCUAUACUCAAGAGCCUCUACACCGUGCUGAGGAAGACGGAGGGUGGCGACUGGAUCGGUGUCGCUCCUUUGCUUAGUGGAGAUCCAUUGCUCACCAUUGACUAA